AUGCUCGCAGGCGCCCUUGGCCUUCGCUCCAUCACCGCCGUGACACCGCGCGCGGCUCGCAUCGCGUCUGUGCCCCGCACGUACCGCUUCACGGUCUCGAAUGGUCGCCGGACAUUCUCCGUCGCGGCCGGGGCGGCUGACCGUCCGCUCUCUGGUAUCAAGAUCGUCGACCUCACUCGUGUGCUCGCUGGUCCCACCGAUGUGAUCAAGGUCGAGUCUCCCUCUGGUGACGAUACCCGCGCAUGGCGUCCGCCCUCGGCCAAGCUCAAGGAGGGCCCCGACGUGCCGCGCCCCGACCUUCCUCCCGAGUCGGCCUACUUCAUGCAGGCCAACCGCAACAAGCGCUCGGUGACUCUGAACCUCAAGUCUGAGGAGGGCCAGAAGAUUAUUCACAAAAUGCUCGAGGACGCCGAUGUCUUCAUGGAGAACUACGUCCCCGGCAAGCUGGCCAAGUUUGGCCUCAGCUACGAGCAGGUCAAGAAGAUCAACCCUCGCAUCAUCUACUGCUCCGUCACUGGCUACGGAUCCACUGGCCCAUAUGCCUCUGCUCCUGGUUACGAUGUCGUGAUCGAGGCGGAGGCUGGUCUCAUGCACAUCACUGGCGAGCGCGGUGGCACUCCCGUCAAGGUUGGUGUGGCCGUCACCGACAUCCUGACUGGCCACUACGCCGUGUCGGGUGUCCUCGCCGCCCUCAUCCAGCGUGGCAAGACCGGCAAGGGUACGUGGGUCGAGUGCUCCCUCUUUGAGAGCCAGAUCGCCUCCCUCGCGAACAUUGGCGCCAACUACCUCAUUGCCGGCCAGGAGGCGACUCGCUGGGGCACCUCGCACCCUUCCAUUGUCCCGUACCAGGUGUUCCCUACCAAGGACUCUUACAUCAUGCUCUCGGCCGGUAACGACGGCCAGUUUGUCACCCUCUGCUCGCCCGAGGUGCUGAACAAGCCCGAGUGGGCCAAGGACAAGACGUUCUCCACCAACGCGAGCCGUGUGGCCAACCGCGACCUCAUGGUCUCCCUCAUCACGGACGUCCUUUCUGUGCACACCACUGACGAGUGGGUCGAGCGUCUUACCGGCAAAGGUCUGCCAUUUGCCCCCAUCAACAACAUUGCUCAAACCUUUGCCCACCCCCAGGCCAAGGCCCUCGAGGUCGUCGAGGAGGUCGACCACCCGCGCGCUGGCAAGAUCAAGCUCGCUGCGGCACCCGUGACGUACAACGGCUCCAAGUACAAGGCGUACCGCCCGCCUCCGUACCUCGGCGAGCACACGGACGAGGUUCUGGCAGAGUUUGGCUACACAGAGGCGCAGAUUGCCGAGUUCCACAAGGCUGGAGCUGUGUAA